AUGAGCACAAAGAGCAAGAUGCGGCUGUGCCAAUCCAGGCUCCUAAACAGGCAGAAACCGAGCGGAAAGGGCGAGGACAGCACGGCGGUGCAGCAGAAAAGGUGGCAGCAGAGGCCGGGGUUGGUUCUGCUGUUGCUGAUGCUGCUCUGGCUACCAACGUCGACGACGGGCGGUGGGGCGACCGACACCGCCGGGGACUUUACGACGCUGAGGUCCGCGACGACGACCGAGAUGCUGUACCAGCGCUUCGCCAUCGAGCCCAUGGACCAGUCGGCGGUCAUCGGGACGAAGGUGACCCUACCCUGCCGAGUCCUCAACCAGAAGGGCCCGAUCCAGUGGACCAAGGACGACUUUGGCCUCGGCGCUAUGAGAAAUCUCACCGGCUACGAGCGCUACGCCAUGAUCGGCAGCGACGAGGAGGGUGACUUCUCGCUGCGGAUACACCCGGUCGAGCUCGAGGACGACGGGGUGUACCAGUGCCAGGCCUCGCCAACGAACGACGGCCAGCCGGGGCUGCGCUCUCGCUUCGCCAAGCUGAGCGUCCUGGUACCGCCGCAGAAGCCGACGAUACUCCAGGGUGCCUUUUUGAGUACCAUCGAGGACAGAAAGCUCGUUCUCGAGUGCGUCAGCCAGGCCGGCAAACCCCCCGCCGAGAUCACGUGGAUCGAUGGGCUGGGCAACGUUCUGCACGAGGGGGUCGAGACGCAGGUAAUAUCCUCGGAGGACGGGCCCCUCUUCACCGUAAAAUCGAUCCUGACCGUCACGCCGCGCAAGGAGCACGACAACACCACAUUCACUUGUCAAAGUCAGAAUGCGGCGGAUCGCACGCCGCAGAACGCCAAGCUGCGCGUCGAGGUUCAUUACGCGCCAAAGGUUGCCCUGAAGAUCCACCCGGGAUUGGCGCAGAACGAACGGAUACGCGAGGGAACGGAGCUACGAUUCAAGUGCCGCGCCGAGGGAAACCCACCCAACAUGGACUACACAUGGUACGUAAAUGACAAGAAGGUAGUCGGCGACUACAAGACGGAGAUGAUAAUCCACAACGUGACGCGCGAGUAUCACGACGCAAUAGUCAAGUGCGAGGUGUCCAACGAGGUGGGCAAGAGCGAGGAGACAAAGACGCUCGACGUCACGUACGGGCCGCAGUUCCGGCACCCGCCAGUCUCGGUGGAGUCGCAUUACGGCGCCACGGAGAUUCUGCAGUGCGACGUGGACGGCAACCCCCAGCCGGACAUCUACUGGACCCACGAGGAGAUGAACCACGUGCUCGCCUCGACGUCCAACAUAAGCGUGCUCGUCAAGCCCGAGACUGCCGGGCGGUACUACUGCCACGCGCACGUCUCCGGAUUUCCCCAGCUCGUGGGCACGGCCAGCAUAUACAUCAGGGCCCCGCCCACCAUCAUCUCCCAGAGGAUUCAAUUUGUGCCCGACACCGACGAGGGCCCCGUCAAGGUGCAGUGCGUGGCGAUAUCGGUGCCGCGGGCCGACUCCGUCACCUGGAGCUUCGUCGGGCGCGAGCUGAAUCUGUCGACGAGCAACGCCAUUUAUUACAAGAGCGACGUCUACGAGUCCGAACGGAUCAUCAGCACCCUGACCCUGCUGGAUCCUGACUUUGCCUACUUCGGCGACUACAACUGCACCGUUAGCAACGCCUUUGGCGCGGACUCGGCCAUCAUCAAGCUCAAGACUCACGCUCUGAUUCCAGUCAACUGGCAACAAAUUUUGGUGGCCGUGGGCUUGGUUAUCUGUAUCGUGCUCAUCGGAAUCAUAAUCAUCCUCAUGGUGAACUGCUGGCACAGUGCGCCGAAACAGCCACCGCCUAAGGCUGCCCAGGCACACGAGAACGAUAUCCAGGAUACGGAGUCCAACGCCGACCGCUACCGGGAGAGCGACCGCAGCAGCAACCUGUCGGACGUCAAAGCGGACAUCCGCGCGGGCUCGAGCGUCAGCAACGCCGAGAGCGUGACGGCUCUGGACAGCGAGGGCGAGGGUAGUACCCGUGGCGUGAACGCCCUCGCCCUUGCCGGGCCCGUGCCCAACCCCAUGGCUGGAUUCCGGUACAGCGCCGACUACACCGAGCCCUCCUUCCCGCCCAAGAGUAACGACGGCAGCAAUAACAACGGCUACGUGCCUUACGUGGACUACUCCCGCGACUACAUGCCGCCGACGAGCCAAGGGGGCAUGGGAGCGUCCCGCGAGUCCCUCAGCCGGAUAGCCUCGAGCGGUAUACUCGGCUCGAAGAAGAUCGGCCUGAGCUCGGUCAACCUGGGUGGCACGCCGACGCCCACGAACGCCCCGACGAUUAUCGAUCCUCGAUUCUCCGCCACCUACGGCAACCCCUACCUCAGAAUGUCGGCGGCCGAGCAGAUGCGGCACGCGCCCCACACGGCGAUACCAGGGGUGACGCCUGCUCCACCACCCUACACUCAGGCGAUGCGGAUGAACAACCUGAACGCGCUGAACGGGGCCGGUCCACAGGCCCCGCUCUCGGCGCACUACAUAACGGGAGGCCCGAACGGCGGUGUCGCCACGGUCAAGCGCACCUCGGCCAUCACCGGCACCCUGGCGACGCACGUAUGA